AAGUAGGUGCAGCGGACUGUGCGCAUGCCCGGUGCGUGCGCAGUGACGGCGGCGGGCAGUGGCAGUAAUGGCGGCUCAGUGCGUGAGGCUGGCGCGGCGCAGUCUCCCGGCUUUGACGUUGUCUCUCAGAUGCUCUCCUCGGUUGUUGUGUACGGCUACAAAACAAAAGAACAAUGGCCAGAACUUGGAAGAGGACAUGGGUCAGAAUGAACAGAAGACAGAUCCUCCCUCUACAGAGAAGAUUCUCCUGGAAGAGAAGGUCAAAUUAGAAGAGCAGCUGAAAGAGACUGUGGAAAAAUAUAAACGAGCUUUGGCGGAUACUGAGAACUUGCGGCAGAGGAGCCAGAAGUUGGUGGAGGAGGCAAAGUUAUAUGGCAUUCAGGCCUUCUGCAAGGACUUGUUGGAGGUUGCAGACAUUUUGGAGAAGGCAACACAGUGUGUUCCAAAAGAAGAAAUUAAAGACGAUAACCCUCACCUGAAGAACCUGUAUGAGGGGCUCGUAAUGACUGAAGUCCAGAUUCAGAAGGUGUUCACAAAGCACGGUUUACUCAAGUUGAACCCUGUCGGAGCCAAGUUCAACCCUUACGAACAUGAGGCCUUAUUCCACACACCAGUUGAGGGGAAGGAGCCGGGCACAGUGGCACUAGUUAACAAGGUGGGGUACAAGCUGCACGGGCGAACCCUGAGACCCGCCCUGGUGGGGGUGGUGAAGGAAGCUUAGCUGCCUCUUGUGGGGUUUUGGUUUUUUUUAAGUCACUUGCUGUAACUCU